AACCAGCUACGGGCUCAGUUUUCCAGUUCAGUUUUAAACUUCGUCACAGAUAAGCUGUCAUGAAGCUGGUAACUGUGCUCCUGCUGGCGACCAUCAGCAUUUGCAGUUACUCCUCUGCAGCUACCGCCUUCCUCAUCAACCGUUUGCCAGUUCCUGUCAACGAUGUCUUACCUUUACCUGUGGACAACAUUCUCCCCUUCAAGGAUCCAUUAAAGCUUCUUCUGAAUACUCUGGGCAUUUCUGUUGAGCAUCUUGUGGAAGGGCUAAGGAAGUGUGUGAGUGAGCUGGGACCAGAGGCCUCUGAGGCCGUGAAGAAACUGCUGGAAGCCCUGUCAUAUUUGGUGUGACGGCGGAUAAAGCAAGAGGGGAGGUGGAAGGAGGAUGAAUCUCUCCUCCUCUCCGCCCGAAACUCAUUCUAUCCGAUUAUAAACCAGCCAACCUAAAAUGUAGUGACCCCUGAAAAGAAUGAAUAAAGCGGUGAAUAGAUUUC